AUGCUGAUGCUAUUCAGACCCCUCGGUGAAGCCAGCGAAGAUCCCGUGGCUUUCAGUCAUGUCACCAAUUGGCUUCAUCAGUUCAUUCAGCACGGCCGGCAUGUUAAGUUGGACGUCGACUGGGAUCAUCCGGACAUGUUGGAAGCCACCAGACUGCUCGAAAGCAUCAGCAACAGGGAGCUUUUCAAAGUAGCUGGUUCCUUCACUGAACGUUCUCCCGGCCAACGUGAUCUCACCAAAGCCGCUGAAGAGAUAGCGGCUCUCACCAGUGGUCAAGUUCAGGCUGGAGAGAUCGAAUGUCGGUCGAGAAAGAUUUCUUGGGGCAUGAAGGAUAAGAACCCGAUGGAAAACAUACGCUUCUAUGCAGAGAAAGGAUCUAUGCGGCUCAGUCGAACUGAGUUCCCUACUACAUUACCUCGAGCUUUUGAAGAUGCUGAGACUAUUGUGUUCCUGAAGUCACAGGAUUCGCACAAGAGACAAUCUACUAGAGCUGCUCUUGACGAGUGGCUCAAGCAGCAACCCGAGUCGGAUCGUCUUAGUGAUGCAUCCCCAAUGAAGAUCGGUCCGCUCACUCCCACAUCGACCACUCAGAAGAUACUACCAUCUAAUCGAGCACAGUUGUGA